AUGACGAAUUUAAACAAGCUCAAGGUGGUCGUCAUUGGCAGUGCCAAAGUUGGCAAAUCAGCCGUCACGGUGCGUUAUCUCACGAAGCGUUACAUCGGGGAGUACAGCUCGGCGCGAGACUUCCUCUAUCGGCACAGCGUCACCUAUGACAACAUUACGACCGAGGUGGAAAUUAUGGACACGUCCCGGUGUGAUAAACGCGGUUGCUUAUACGAGCAUCUACGCUGGGGUGAUGCCUUCGUGGUCGUCUACUCUAUCUGUGAUAAGGCGAGCUUCGAGGAGGCAGCCGACUACCUGCAACAGUUGACCAAGCUGAAGUUGCCCUCGUACUAUACGUUGCUACUGCUGGGCAAUAAAAGUGAUCUCGAUCAUGCGCGGGAAAUUUCGGUUAACGACGGACAGGAGCUUUCGUUCCGAUAUUCUUGUCAGUUCUACGAGGUAUCUGCGGCGGAAAACUUUGCCGGCGUUUCACUCGCAUUCCAUUCGCUGAUACGCGAGGCACGCUCCACCCAGCUAUUCCGGGCACUGCCCAUGCGAAGAAAACUAGGAGUUAACAGUGUAUCGAAGGCGCUCGGCAAUAUCUUUGGCAAGAAUAGCAAAGGCGAACGGAAGAAACGUCCCUCGCUCAGCAUAUGA